AAAUGUGGUGGCAUCUCCCUCCGAUUAUCUUUUACCUAUAAAAUUACGGCCACCUCUCCGCUUCCGCCUCCGCUCCCCAAGUAAUACAGACUCUACAACACUCUGCUCACUCUCCAAUACUAGGGGUUUUCUUUUCAACUCUCUCUCUCUCUCUCUCUCUCUCUCUCUCCAUUGUUGAGCUUUCGUAAAUUCCUCUAUUGACAUUCGUAUAUUCUACCGACGAAUACGUACUGUUUGCGUAUUUAUACGCGUACAGUGAAAUGGACGCUUAUUCGCUGCAUCUGGCGAUGGCGGCGCUCGUCGGAGCGUCGUUUGUCGCGGUUUCCGCGUACUAUAUGCACAGAAAAACCCUAAACCAGUUGCUGGAGUUCGCCAAGUCGAUAGAGAGGGACAGAGAAGACGCCGCCGCGGGGGAAGGCGGCGCCGACGACGACGCGGAGGAGCGUUUGAAAAAGUACCCUUCGCGGAGGCGGGGGAAGGGGAACGGGGGUUACUACCGCCGCGGUUCCGCAUCGUCGCCGGAUGUCACCACGUUUUCCGGCGGCGGAGAAGGUGAAUUGAGAGAGAAGAGGAACGCUCCCGUGCGUGUGGAUUCGAUUCCGGCGGGUUUGCCGAGGCUUCAUACGCUUCCCGAAGGACAUCUUAUUCGACCCACUUCACCCAAAUCACCGGUCGCUAGUGCAAGUGCAUUUGAAAGUCUAGAAGGUUCAGACGACGAGGAUAUUAUGACCGAUAACAUCGACUCUACAUAUCUUCAUACAAAUGGAAAUGAGAAUGCGACAGAUCAUAUCAACGCAAACGGUGAACAAGCACCGUUGGCUACGCCAAGCAUGAUUCGGUCCCAUAGCGUCUCGGGUGACCUGCACGGGGUUCAACCUGAUCCCGUAGCUGCUGAUAUUCUGAGAAAAGAACCGGAGCACGAGUCUUUUGUUCAAUUAAAAAUAUCCCCCUCUGAGAUACCGUCUCCGGAUGAAGUAGAGGUUUACCGUACUCUGCAAGAUUGCCUUGAAAUGCGGAAAAAAUACGUAUUUAGAGAAGCUGUUGCCCCAUGGGAAAAGGAAAUUUUAUCCGAUCCUAGUACUCCAAAACCAAUCCUGAACCCAUUUGAUCAUUACCCUGUGGCAAAAUCUGAUCAUUAUUUUCGGAUGGAAGAUGGAGUUGUUCAUGUUUAUUCAAAUAAAGACUCAAAAGAGAAACUUUUUCCGGUCGCUGAUGCUACAACGUUUUUCACUGACCUGCAUCAUAUUCUCAAGGUUAUAGCAGCCGGGAACAUCCGAACCCUAUGCCACCACAGGCUAGUUCUUCUAGAACAGAAAUUCAACCUUCAUCUAAUGCUCAAUGCGGACAGAGAAUUCCUGGCUCAAAAAAGUGCACCACAUCGAGAUUUCUAUAAUGUGAGGAAAGUCGAUACACAUGUUCACCACUCAGCUUGCAUGAACCAGAAACAUCUUUUGAGGUUUAUAAAAUCGAAGUUGAGGAAAGAACCAGAUGAGGUUGUUAUAUUCCGAGAUGGGACAUAUCUGACCUUGAAAGAAGUCUUUGAGAGCUUGGAUUUAACUGGGUAUGACCUGAAUGUUGAUCUGUUAGACGUGCAUGCUGACAAAAGCACCUUUCACCGCUUUGACAAAUUUAAUUUGAAAUAUAAUCCCUGCGGUCAGAGUAGAUUGAGAGAGAUCUUUCUGAAACAGGACAAUCUUAUCCAGGGUCGUUUCCUUGCUGAAGUGACUAAGCAAGUUUUUUCGGAUCUGGAAACAAGUAAAUAUCAAAUGGCUGAAUAUCGGAUAUCAAUAUAUGGUAGAAAGAUGAGUGAGUGGGACCAAAUGGCAAGUUGGAUAGUGAAUAAUGACUUGUACAGUGAGAAUGUUGUAUGGUUGAUUCAGCUGCCAAGACUCUACAAUAUCUACAAGGAGAUGGGAAUUGUGACGUCCUUUCAGAAUAUCCUUGAUAACAUCUUUCUGCCUUUAUUUGAGGUCACCAUCGAUCCAGAUUCACAUCCGCAGUUGCAUGUUUUCUUAAAGCAGGUUGUUGGAUUGGAUCUCGUGGAUGACGAAAGCAAGCCUGAAAGACGUCCAACAAAACACAUGCCUACGCCGGCUCAGUGGACCAAUAUAUUUAAUCCUGCAUUCUCAUAUUACGCAUACUACUGUUAUGCUAAUCUCUACACCCUGAACAAGCUUCGGGAGUCAAAAGGUAUGACCACUAUAAAGUUCAGGCCCCAUUCCGGAGAGGCCGGUGAUAUAGACCAUCUCGCGACAACAUUUCUCACAGCUCAUAAUAUUGCACACGGAAUCAAUCUGAGAAAAUCGCCGGUCCUUCAAUAUUUGUAUUACCUAGCCCAGAUUGGUCUUGCUAUGUCUCCUCUGAGCAACAACUCCUUAUUCCUAGACUACCAUCGCAAUCCGUUACCCAUGUUUUUCUUACGGGGCCUCAAUGUAUCCCUCUCAACUGACGAUCCGUUACAAAUCCACUUAACAAAAGAGCCACUGGUGGAAGAAUACAGUAUUGCUGCUUCAGUUUGGAAGUUAAGUUCAUGUGAUUUGUGUGAGAUUGCUCGUAAUUCCGUGUAUCAGUCUGGUUUUUCACAUGCAUUAAAGUCUCACUGGAUUGGAAAGCAGUAUUUCAAGCGAGGACCAGACGGGAAUGACAUUCACAAGACAAAUGUCCCUCAUAUAAGGCUCGAAUUUCGUGAGAUGAUAUGGAGAGAGGAAAUGCAACAGGUUUAUCUGGGCAGGGCAAACUUUCCCAAGUUUAUUGACCCAUAACUCGCUCGGCUAACUUGCAUACCAGGCGUCAUCGGUACUUGAGCACAGAGGUAAUAAUAUACUUACCU